GUGAGGAGGACGAUUUGUGGUUUUCUCUUAUCCCCCGCACAUGAUCUUUAAGUCCCUUUCCCUCAGCUUUUAUAGAGCUUUUCAAUGACAAUUGCUAUUAUAAGCCAAAUAUUCCAUUUCUCCACUUCUUGAUGCUAAUUCUCAAGUCCUGACUUCUGCUUAGGUGUAUAUUGAGGAUUAUUAUGGCUGGAAAAUUUAGGAAGUGCAUGCUACUAUGUUGUUCAAGAAAGUCUCUCAAUCAGGUUACGAAAAUGGCAGAGGAUUCAUAUGAAGACGCCAUUGCAGGACUGAAAAAGCUCCUCAGUGAGAAGAAUGAGCUGGAAGAUGCAGCGGUGGCGAAGAUACGGCAGUUGACGGCGGAGUUGGAAGGCGCCGGCGGGAAAAAGUCUGACCCGGAUGAGAAGAUCCGAACCGGAUUCGCCCACUUCAAGGCGGAGAAAUAUGAGAAAAAUCCUGAGUUGUUUGGACAGCUUGCAAAAGGUCAAAGCCCUAAGUUCUUGGUAUUCGCCUGCUCCGAUUCCCGAGUAUGCCCAUCCCACAUCCUCAAUUUCCAGCCAGGUGAAGCUUUUGUGGUCCGUAAUAUUGCAAACAUGGUCCCUCCUUUUGAUCAGACAAAAUAUUCUGGAGUGGGUGCCGCAGUCGAAUAUGCAGUUGUCCACCUAAAGGUGGAGAAUAUUUUGGUGAUUGGACACAGCUGUUGUGGAGGUAUUAAAGGGCUAAUGUCUAUCCCUGAUGAUGGGUCCACAAACAGUGAUUUCAUUGAAGAGUGGGUCAAAAUCUGUCUGCCGGCCAAAGCGAAGGUAAAGGCAGAAUGCUGCCAUUUGGAUCCCACUGAACAAUGCACAAAAUUGGAGAAGGAGGCAGUGAAUGUAUCACUAGGCAACUUAUUGACAUAUCCAUUUGUAAGAGAAGCUGUGGUGCAGAAAAGUCUUGCACUGAAAGGUGGACACUACGAUUUUGUGAAUGGAUCUUUUGAGCUCUGGAAUAUAGACUUCAAUCUUACCCCUUCUGUUUCACUCUAAACUUUAACAAAACUGUAACUUUUCAUGUAACCAAUGCAACUCCGUUUCAAGUUUUUUUCUUCACUUUGCAUUUUGAUGUAAAUGUAUUACUUACUGAACAAUGUGUGUCACACAAAUAAUAUUAACCGGCUGUUGGAGCUUUGGGCUAGCUUAUCUUAA